AUGAGUCAAACUUGCAGCGCAGGGUAUUUCGGAGAAGAUUGCUCUCUGCAGUGCAACUGUUUGGAUAACAGUUGCAAGAAUACCGUUGAUAGUCCGGGUUGCAUUACCGGUCUUUGUAGCCCCGGUUAUACUGGUUUCCCUGCAUGUCAAACACAGUGUAAGUCGGGGUAUUUCGGGCUGGAAUGCGCUGAGAAAUGCAGUUGCACUCCUGAAAACCGGUGCUCUCCCACCAACGGGAACUGCAUCCCCCCCAACCGAUGCACCCCCGACCGCAUUGGUCCAGGCUGCAAAAUUCUUCGCUCUAAAUUGAAUACACCGCCUUUCCUUGGAGUCAACUGCACCUCUCUCGUGAUAUCCUGGUCGUUAUUCAAUGAGUCCAUCGACUCCGGCGCUUCGGAUGUGCGGAAAUACCGGAUUGAGCUUCGUUCUCCCAAUUCGGAGAAGUUUAGUGAAUUGCAAAUGGUACCACGAGAGAAUUCUACUGAUGGCGUGUUCCAAGUGACUGUUGCCGACGUGGCGCCAGGCGAUGGCUACUGCGUCCGAAUUGUGCCGAUUUUCUUUCUCGACACAGGCGGCGGAGACGGCUACCUGGCAGAUGGAAUAGCCAGCCCUCCGUCGCGAAAGGUGUCCGUCGCUAAAGAGGAGGAGGACGACGACCACUACCACGACCACAAGCAGCACAUCCACGCCGACGACCCAGACAACGCCCACCACGAGCACACCCAUCCCCACGACCACCUCCUCGCCAACUACCGGUGGUACGUAGUCGUUUGUGCGGGUUACCACCCCUGUCUCGCCUCCCACUACUCAAACCUUCUGCGUUUCAUUCAGUUAGAACAAGGCCCUACUACUCCCACAGAGCCCGAACACCCACCAGGAAGACGCUUGACCGGUCCGAGGAACUGCGUGCUGAUAGGUCUUGGGAGGACCUGGGCGGUCUUCAAGUGGGACCGGGCGCUCAGUGCGUGCGGCCUGGGCGACCUGACGGGCUACGAGUUGAGGCUCAGCACAGCCGGAGGCGGCGGUGACAACGUCGUUGUGAAAAGCUACCCCAGCGACGCGUUCACUGCCGUCAAAGUGGUGGAGGAUCUGGAUGAAGGCACUGAAUACAGAGUUCAGAUUUUCGCGACCUACGAACGCGGCAGUGUGGCGUGCUCCGACACCUCGGAGGAGGCCUUCGAAACCUACUUGGAGGCUUCGGGAUCUUCGCUCUUGCAGCUUCGAGUGCUGGAACGCCGUCACGAUCGUUUCGUGGUUCGUCUUCUUGCUGAUUCCCUGAUCGGGCCGACCCGAUUGUGGUUCCAUGGUGAUCUCGUUCUUGGCAACCAGAGGGACUGCAAGAGUCAGGAUGUAAAAGAGACCACGGCAUCCAGUGCAAAGAAACGGAUCUUGAACCUCCGCGAAAUAUGGCCAACGAAGGCAAAGUGCUAUGUCGGUGGAGUUUUGGUUAAUGAAACAGGUUCCAUCCGAGAAAAAAUUGAGGGAGGACAACUUGGGCAUGGUUGGCCGACAGCUCGUGGCUUCAAGGUUGAUUUGGAUCAUGGUAGGAAAUUCGAUCUGGUAGUGGCGGCGAUCCACUUCACGGAGGGCACGUAUGGUCCAGGCGACAGCGCUGUUUUGUCGAUUAUCCAACAGCGAGUCGGAGGGCUGCUGUUUCGGGAUCAAGUGCUUCAUGUCUGGUUGCGAUCUCGAGGCGCGCUCCCUCCGCCCAACUCGCGUCACUUCCCCCACAACACCCCGCCGUCAGGUGUGCUUGCCGAGGCGGCGUGGGCGAUGACGCAUGCGGGUCCCGUGACUCGCCGCUGGCCACCGCGACUGUCCGCGUCCGGCAGCUGCGCUGUGGUCCGGCUUGCAGCCCCCAAGCCUGAUCUCGCGGCCUACUUUGUGGUGACUGCUUCCUCGGUGGAAAGCCGACUGCCGACGCCCGUCAGUUUGGGGGUAGCUUCGGUAGAAUCGGCCACCUCUGUGAUGCGCCAGUUCUCGUUCACUACGGACAUCCACGCGGCCACUAAGUACCGCCUCUACGCCUGGGCUGCUCCGACUGAUGGUGACCAGUUCCAAGGGGUAACUGCAGAACUGUGGACUUUGCCAAAGCCCUUCACGACUUCUCCGAACUUCGUGAUCCAUCCGCCAUCGUUUGUGGAGUUGUUGGAUUACACCGCCAAGCUCUGGUACCCCAGCAUCUCAGGCUAUGUCGGUGGACCCAUCACCGACUACUACUUGGCCGUUAGUCCGGGUCGCGUAGCCCCACAGACAAAUCCGGUUGUCAAGGCGUCGCGAAAUAUUUUGGGUAAUCAAACAGUCAUCAGGAGUCGCCUCUCGUUGCCACCGACUGCUACGAUUGCCUUUCACUCGCGAGCCCCUCCCAAUCAGCCCAUCGUGAUCGGAGACGGCGUGGUCGUUCGCGUGUGGCCAGCGGUCUCGCUGCCCCUUGGCCUCUUUGCCGAUCCCCCCCUCGCGCCCGACACCGAGUACACGCUCUUCGUGGCGGUCGCGUCGAGCCUCGACGAGGGUGACGGCAUCCUGUCGCCGGACUGCGCGGUCUCGCCUGCCAACGUGACCCAUUUCCGCACCGCAGCCCUUCGCUCUAGAGCACCGUCGAGAGCAGCUGUCACGAGCAUCGCGGUUGCUGUCCUCCUACUUGUCUUCGUCAUUUUAUCUGCGAUGGGUUGGUGUCUAAUGAGGCAUACGGGUGUCUUGAAGAAGCCCAAACACUAUUCCCUAAAUCUGAGACCCAAGCGGUGUCCCAGUGGAGCCUUAACAAAGCCGGGAUUUGGAGAUAGCAUGUCAGUUUUGCCGAAGUCUUACGGGGCAUGGAGUUUUCCCCUCAACCUUCGUGACCCUCGCUUUCUUGUCAUCGAUCCAGAAAGGGGACCCGAUAACACCUUACUUGGCACAAAGUGUCUGCGCGAAAUCGCAGAUUCAUUUCUUCGUGAGUAUAACAGCUUGCCCGUGAACAAAGCGCUCCCACAAUCACACGCCAACAAAGCGGUGAACCGCGGCAAGAAUCGGUCGAGGGAGGCCCUGCCAUACGACCACAACCGCGUCAAACUGAAGAGAAGCAUGAAUAGUCCAGAAACCGACUACAUCAACGCCAGCUUCGUCGACAGUUAUAUGCGCAGGAAGGCGUACAUAGCCGCACAGAGCCCCUUCAAUGCGACCACCGCCUGCGAUUUCUGGACUAUGAUAGUCCAGUGCAAUAUCUCCCAGAUCGUCUUUUUGACUAAUCAGAUUGAAGACGGCGCGGUUCGAUGCACCAAGUAUUGGCCCGAUGUCGAUAAAGCGGAUAUAUUCAGUGAUAAGCGCCAUCCAGCCUCUGAACGUCAGUACGACUCAAUCAUGGUCCAAGCCCUGGACGUCGUGGAGUAUGCUCACUUCAGUGUCCGAAGAUUCCAAGUUACCGACCUGAAUGCGGGAGCAACACACUUUGUCAUCCAGUACCACUACCAUAGUUGGUUUGCCAAGUCGAAUGCUGCCAGUUCGAUGUUCGACUCCUACGGCAAGGUAACGGCGCUUGGAUCAACGGACAGGGUCUCAGCUGAGUUGUCCGAGAGAGAUGCCGGUUUCGACCAUUUAGCCUUCAUCGACUUCUACUUCCACGUAAAAAUGGCCACGCGUUUGGAAGAUGGACCAAUUUUGGUGCACUGUGAAGACGGUGUUUCGCGUACAUCGGUGUUCGUAGCCUUUGACACUCUAUUCCAGCAACUGAUGCACGAGCACGCAGUUACGGUUCCACGAGUUUGCAGCAGCCUGCGUCGUGCCAGACCAAACAUGAUUCCCACACCGAGGCACUUCGCCGUGCUCUACGACCUGCUCUUCGAGGCGGGCAUCGCGGGGCACUCGCUCGUCGACUUGGACGUCCGCUCCGCGCUGAAGACGCUUAGUCAAAGGAACGUGGCCGCUGGUUUCACCUACCUCACCGAGCAGUGGUACCUCCUCCACAACUACACACCUUCCUGCUCGCGUAAAACCGAAGUGAUCGACGCCCUCUCGCCCAUAAAUACGCAGAAGAAUCGUUAUCCGAACUUGCUCGACUUCCUGCCCCCCGAUUGCUUCCGUCCUAGGAUCCCUCCGGGCUACAACUCCGUCGAAGGCACCAGUGAUUACGUGAAUGCGGUCUACGUGGACGGUCUGGCUGUUAAGGAGGAUCUAAUUCUCACACAAACUCCGAUGCCCAAUACGGUUGAGGCCUUUUGGACACUCGUAUUUGAAGAAAGGGUUACGUGUAUUGUGGACAUGGAGCCCUAUGGCUAUGGGUCCGAUAACGCUGUCUGUUAUUGGCCGACGUCUACCGAGGACAGUCUUCUCUCCACAGAACUCGAGGAACCCAUCAACACCUUCACAUUCUUCCCUGCCCAGGACACCGAUAACAUUGUCGAUAGUGAUGAAGAAGCAUCUAUUCCACGAGAUGUCGGUGCCUGGUUCCAAGUGGCAGGGUUCCAGCUGGCCCAGGUGGGCAAGUUGACCGCCGUUAGGCGGCCAGGGUGUUCGGAGACGGGAAGACGUGUCGUGUUCAAGCGACAGAUGCUAAUACGACGCAUCUUGUCCCAGACGUCACCUGCAGGACGAAGACGUGCCGAGGUCCGCACAGUAAACAUUUUCCACUUCAGAGCCAACUGGAAGCAGGGAGGUCAGGUACCUUCGAGAGCCCAUUUUCUGCAACUCCUGGAGGUUUUCUCCAUUGAUCGAGGGUUGGGGCCGGCAGUGGUUCACUGUCUAGAUGGGGCAACACGAAGUGGACUGUUUGUAGCCAAUCACCUUCUGGCAGAGAAAAUAACGCGAGAUCACUUCGUGGACCUCUUCCACACCCUGAAGUCCCUCAAACUCCGCCGACGCGCUGUCAUCGGUUCAGUAUGUCAGUUGCGGUUUACUUAUCGCGUCCUGGUAGAUUGGGUCGAUAUGGUGGUGAAUAAGCCACUUGCAACGCAAAAAACAGCCUACCCUAUGUCACUUCUACGUGACUCCAUGCCGACCCCACGAGGCAGUCGCCUAGGCGCCACCAAUCGCAGUGUUUUCUCCAGCCGUGUCUCACUUGAUUCAACUUACACCAUGUGCGGCGACGCAAAUGCGAGUAAUAGCUUUAAUGAAGAAGGUGAAGACCGGGAUGCUUCUCCACCCCGAAGUGUCGUCGUGCUCUACCGAUACUUCAAUGAUGAAUUAUCGCGAAUUGUGAAGAAUAGAACAGCCCUGCCCGCUACUCUAGACUCUAGCGGAAAUCAACCGAACCGAUCAAGAAGGGAGUAG